CUCCACUCGAGCCACGCUUCGAACGUCGACACCAUUCGCUGAGAACCUUCGAACCUUCGAACCGAAACACCGCACACCAUGUCCAAGCGCAAGCUCAAUGCGCACGACGUCCCAGAGGCAUCGGAGCCUUCGUCCCCGUCCGCGCCCGCUGAGCAUGAGGAACCCAAACGACAGAGCGCAAAGCCCGCUGAAAACUCCACAUUCUCGUCCUUCGGCCUAGAACCCCGCCUGCUACAAGGCAUCCAAAAACAGAAAUGGUCUACGCCGACGACGGUGCAAGAGAAGGUCAUCCCGUUGGCGCUGGAGGGCAAGGACAUACUGGCUAGGUCAGGCACCGGCACCGGCAAAACGGCUGCGUACCUGCUCCCGAUUCUGGACAAGAUACUUCGCCGUACCGAGAAGCGCGUCACGUCGUCGCUCAUACUCGUCCCAACGAAAGAGCUCGCACUCCAGGUGUCAAGGCUGGCUGGGAGACUGGCCGCAUUCUGUGGCCAGGACGUGCGGAUCCAGAACCUUGCGGGCAAGGAAUCGGAUGUCGUUCAAAAAGCCAAGCUCGCUGAGCUUCCCGACAUUGUGGUCGCGACGCCUGCGCGAGCGGCUGCGAACAUUGGAGCGCUGUCACUCAAAACGCUGGCCACGCUAGUCAUCGACGAGGGUGACUUGAUCUUGGGAUACGGUUUCAAGGACGACCUGGAGACUGUCUCACAGAAUAUGCCCAAGGGUGUCCAGAUCUUUCUCAUGAGCGCAACCCUCAGCACCGAUGUCGAGGCUGUCCAAGCACUCUUCUGUCGGGACCCGGUCAUACUCAAGCUGGACGAUCUCGAGAAGGAUGCGAAGCUGGUAAAGCAAUACGUCAUCCCUUGUUCAGAACCCGACAAAUUCCUACUCGCCUAUUCUCUCUUCAAACUGCAGCUUAUUCGCGGGAAAACCAUCGUUUUCGUGGGAGACGUGGACCGCAGUUACCGGUUGAAGCUCUUCCUGGAGCAGUUUGCCAUCAAAAGCUGCGUCCUCAACAGCGAGCUCCCCCUCGCCUCCCGCCUCGAUAUCGUGGAGCAGUUCAACAAGAACGUCUACAACAUCCUCAUCGCCUCCGACGAGACCGAGCUCCUCGGCUCAAUGACAAAGGACACCGAAGAAUCCCGCCCACGCAAGAAGGCCAAGAAAGACGACGGCAAAUCCGACUCGGGCGUCUCCCGCGGCAUCGAUUUCCGCGAUGUCAGCUGCGUUGUCAACUUCGACCUUCCCGCCGGCCAAAAAGCCUAUUUCCACCGCAUCGGCCGUACCGCGCGCGCCGGCAAGUCCGGCACCGCAAUCUCCUUCAUGAUCCCGAAAGACCAGUACCGCAAGCACAAGCCGACCACCUUCGCGGGCUCCGAGCACGACGAGGAGGUCCUCAAGAAGAUCGAGAAGCACCAACAGCCGGGCCAAAAGAUCGAAGACUGGUCCUUCGACAUGAAGCGUCUCGAGCCGUUCCGGUACCGUUUUGCCGAUGCGCUGAGGGCGGUUACGAGGAUCGCUGUGCGCGAGGCGCGAAUUAAAGAGAUCAGGAUGGAGUUGACCAAGAGUCAGAAGCUGUCGCGGUAUUUUGAGGAGAAUCCCGAGGAGCUGGAGCAUUUGAGACAUGAUCAGACGCUGAACCACCCCGCGCGCAUACAGCCGCAUCUUAAGCAUGUGCCGGAUUAUCUUCUUCCGGGUGGAAGGAAACCACAAGAUAUUGGCUUCGUGGCGCUGGAUAAGCCUAAGCGGAGGUUCGUUAAGGGCAAAGCGGGGAAGAAGGUGGUCAAGGGCAGGAAUGGCAAGAUUGAUCCUUUGAAGACAUUCAAUGCGAGGGGGAAGGGGAAGAAAUAGGAAGAUCUUAGCGAUGAAUGCGACAUUUUUUGAAGC